AUGAACAUAACAAGUAUUAAUAUCUGCAUCAGCAUUGGUAUUGGUAUCGGUAUUGACAUUGGUAUUGGCAUUGCCAUCAGUAUCUUCAUCAUUAUCAGCAUCAGUAUCUGCAUCAGUAUUGUUAUUAUCAUCUGUACCAGCAUCAAUAUAGACAUCUGUAUUAGCAUCAUCAUUGGUACCAGCUUUGGCGUAGGUAUAGGCAUCUGUAUUGGUAUCGUCAUCUGUACCAGCAUUGGCAUCUGUAUUGGUAUCGUCAUCUGUACCAGCAUUGGCAUCUGUAUUGGUAUCGUCAUCUGUACCAGCAUUGGCAUUGGUAUUGGUAUCGUCCUCGGUACUGACAUUGGUAUUGGCAUUAGUAUCGGCAUAGGUAUAGGCAUCUGUAUUGGUAUCGUCAUCUGUCCCAGCAUUGGUAUUGGUAUUGUCAUCGGUACUGACGUUGGUAUCGGCCUUGGCAUCAGUAUCAAUAUUUGCAUCUGUAUUGAUAUUGUCAUCGGUUUCGGCAUCAGCAUUGGUAUCGCCAACGAUAUCUGCAUUGGUAUCGGCAUUAGCAUCAGUAUUGGCAUCAGCAUCAGUAUUGGCAUUGGUAUCAGCAUCACUAUCUGUUGA